AUGGCGAUGGGAUUCCAGCUCGCAAGUGGCAGCGGUGGUGACUGGAUUCAGGCGCACAGGCGGCGGCUGGUUCCGAGCGUGCGGGCCGCAGCGGCGAUAGCGGCUGGAUACGGAGGAGGUCUGCAAGCAACAGUUGGCGCAAGAUGUAGAGUCACCAAGGGCUGCAUUUUUCAAGUCUCAAAGCAUAAUGUGUCGCUCGAGCUCAAUGCACAAGGUGAUCUUAGCAGUGCCAAACUUUAUUGUGAAGCUGUAAGGGGCAGCAGUAAUCCUUGCAUUAGCAGCUUGAGCAUUACUGAAGAAAGCUGCAAGGGACAACAGUGA